AUGCCGCCAAAAAAGGCCACUCAAGGCUGUAGCGAUCAGGUGGUGAUUGCGACGUUGGGUGGGGAACACCUGCAGCGUAGCUUCUUCAGCGCCUUCCAAGAGCGACCCAGCACCAUAUCACCCUCAAAGAGAAGGCCAGAGGAAGGAAGUGCUGUCCAACACCACAAUCCAAAUUUCAUGAUUGAAAUUUUGAAACUUCCACACUGCGACGACCACAAACUACCUCGUCGCGACUUCUUUCCAUCACAGCUCCUAUCAAAGCCGAAUCAAAAGACCGCCGAAAUGCCAGCAUCAGCACCAGCUCUUGCUCUGAACCAGGGCCCAAUGACUAACGAAGUCCUGAGGGGCAUCUUCGCGUCCGACCAAGACAUGUACCCCGCGCCGCUGACCUGGGACCGCCUCCGGAGCUGGACGACUGCAGCGCCCGAGCUGGCCACUUGCUUCUACCUCUCUGCCGACGCCGUGGAGAACGACGACACCCAGACACUCGUCGGAGCCGUCAUUGCACUCCCGAUACUGGCACCUGCGUGGCGGGAUUUGCUGGCGGGCGAGGUCAAGGAAGUGGAUGUGGAUGCCGGGACUAUGUUUCCUCGCGAUGGUGCUGAGCAUCCAGAGGUCGGGCUGCACGUUUUUCACGUCGAGAGGUUCGAUGUGCCUGAGGCGCGGGGUAAGGUGCGAGGAUUCGCCGAGACCUCGAUGCAGGCUGUCGUAGCUGCGGCAGAGAGGAAGGGAUGGUCGAUCAUCGGCUAUUCAGCACUCACAGCAACGCCAGAAGGACGAAGAUGCUUUGAGAAAAUGGGCUUCGAAGCGACGGGCUACGAGGAGUUCUGGGUUGACGAUGAUGGCCGCAAAGGUGUCCAACUGGUUACAAUCACAGCGGAUACCGCGCCCGAGGAACGGGAAGUGCGAGAAGCGGCGACAGUCCGAGGCCAGGCGAGGAUGCUAGUGAAGCACUCGCAUCCAGUCACCGAUGCUUAG